AUGUCUUCACAGCUGCUUCCUCUUGAGCUGAUUGACAAGUGCGUUGGCUCGCCAAUAUGGGUCAUUAUGAAGGGCGACAAAGAAUUCAGCGGUACUCUACUCGGGUUUGACGACUUCGUCAAUAUGGUUCUCGAAGACGUGACAGAAUACGACUACUCCGGCGCACAAACAAAGCUUCCCAAGAUUCUACUCAACGGCAACAAUGUCGCCAUGCUGAUACCCGGAGGAAUGCCAGACCAGGAGUAA